UCCCCCUCCAAUAUCAGGGGACCACCAUGGUUCGCAGAUAACCUUAAAAGUACGGAAACGUGACCGCGACAAGGCGACCGCGUGAUAAUCACGUUUGGAUUUGUCAGAUUGAUAAUUGAAACAUCCAAAACGUGCGUGCGAGCGCUUAAUCUCCUCGUUUCCCAAGAGACCGGGAAGGAAGUAUGCGAGUAACUACGGGUAUUUUCGAACUACAACCGCGAUUUUCGACUUGAGAAUGCUCGCGGAUGCGCGCGUACUCGGAUGUUUUCCUCGCAAGUUUUCCUCGAGUUUUAUCAAAAUUCUGGCAGUGCAUCUUCCCCAUUGUUACAGGAAGCCGCGAGCCGUCCAAUAACGCGUCGUAACGCGUUGCUCCUACGUGGUGAAUUCAAACGUCGCUUGUUUUUCAACUAAAUCCACAUGGCACAUGCGGCGGUAUUGAUAGCAUAAUAAGUUAUUCCAUUAUAUAUGCAUGGAAGAUUGUGUCAUCUACAUUUGAAGAUGGAUUGUGACGACAAAAAAUUGAUGAAUAUUAAUUUGCAAUUACACCAUGUGUAUAUAUCUCAAAUUCAGUGUUUGUGUCGUGUCUCUGCUAUACAAGAUACUGGCAACUAAUGCCUUGCAAAUUUUAUUGUAACAGUUUUAAGAAAUUAGUGCCUCUCCUUGGAAAGAUCCCGAGCACAUUUCUACAAGCAAGAAACCACAUUUAGCUCAAGCCACUGCGAAUCAUGACUGAGAUUAACAUAGAUAGUUUACGAAACCUCAUCACGCACUUUGCCAAGAAUACUUAUAGGACCAAGGAUGUGGAUGUUACAAAUCAGGAAAUUAUGCAGAGGUGUAUGCUGCUUGCUGCCUUUGAUUACGAAUAUUCGAUAAUUGACAACAGUGGGGGUGAUCUUUGUGCGCAUUAUCCUAGCUAUCUUAUAAUAUUAGAACACGACAAAAUUCGAAAUUCUUCAAAGAACUAUGAAAUGCCACUGCUGACAUCAUCGUGCGUAAUGGAAAAUACAUAUGAGAGUAUAUAUUUAAGGAGUAAACUCUUUAAACUGAUGGCACAGUCAAGAUUUGCCAGAUGUCGUUCAAGAUUUCCUGUGCCAGUGAUACUUUAUAAAGAUAGACAUGUAUGCAGAUCCUCGACAUUAUCUAGUGGCCCAGAAAUGUUUGGGAGAGCAGGAUUAGAUUACUUGCUAUCUAGUGUAUCUAGCGGCAACACCAGUUCAGCACAACCAGUUACACAGGAAGAGGAAAGUCUACUAAAGGAAGAAGAACCGCAUGCUCUAACUACUAACUUGAAAAAUAAAGUGAGAUAUUAUGAUAUAGAACUUCUCAAGACUUUCAAUGUAGGAACCAUCGUAGACUUCAUGGUGGAAAAGAAGAAAGUUAAAUAUGGAAUGACCGUAACUUCGUCGGAGAAGGUAGACCAAGAGAGGAGGUACAGCAACUUUAACCUCAUUUCACUGCCAUAUCCUGGAUGUGAAUUCUUCAAGGAAUUUAGAGACCAAGAUUAUCGAUCAAAGGAUUUAGUAUUUAACUGGUGUCAGAAUUACAUAGACGCGCCAAUAUGUGUACCUGAAGACUCAAUCUCCAGUCAAUUACGAAUCAACUGGGAUCAGUAUACAGAAUGGAAUCUAGUCAAAUUAACGCAGAACUAUUUAAGAUUAAUACUGAGAUAUCUGAGCGAUAGUAAUAAUGGACUACUGAUUCACUGUAUCUCAGGUUGGGACCGCACUCCGCUAUUUAUUUCGUUAUUAAGAAUUAGUUUGUGGGCUGAUGGAGUAAUUCAUACAACAUUAGAUUCAUAUCAGUUACUUUAUUAUACUAUCGCCUAUGAUUGGAUGUUAUUUGGACAUGAUCUAGCAGACCGGCUCAAUAAAGGAGAAGAGAUACUUUUCUUUUGUUUUGAUUUCUUAAAAUAUAUUGAAAGCGAACAUUUUAGUAUACACAAAUGUUAUGAAAAAACAUCGAGACAUAACGAACCGGAAACUUUUACGAUUGAUAGUGAUUCUUUUGAAAUCAUUACAACAUCUAGUUUCAGCCCAAAGAAUAGUUCAUCUAGUUCUAUUGAGCAAAACAGUGUAGAUGGUGAUUCAUCACCAGCUGUAUUUUUGCCUGAUUCCUUGGAUAAUCAAGAUGACUCACGAAAUAAUGUGAAUUUUGCACAUGGAACACUUAAUGCAUCUCCAAAUAAAGAAGGCAUCGCUGUGCAAGAAUCGCGUCCAUCCUUGUCUGCAAAUCGUACAUCUCCGAUUGGUGUUCCCAUACCUCGAAAUUCACAUAUUCGACAACGUAACGAUUCAACGUCUUCGGGCGAUUCGUGGCAACUGGUAACCGGAACUGGCAGUUUAUGCGGUUCCACAUCUGCUAAUGCUUCACACUUGGACAACGCAUCAGCGCCUGAUUCAGAUUGCAAGCCAUCAUGCGCUACUUGCUGCAGGAUUCGACGCAAAUCACAAGAACGCAGUGCAAAUGUAAAUGAUGAAAUUUGUGUAAUGCAUACACAACGUAGAGAACGCUUGCAUUGUCUUCGAAAUAUAUUUUAUAAAGCUUACGGACCUCACGGAUUUCGACUGAAAGACGAGUCAGGUGGCAUCAGCCAAUAUAUUGGAAACAUUGUUGGAAUGACUUCCACUCAACGCACAUCCUAGUGACAAAUAUCAUUGAGGGACUUUCCAAGAACAUGAAUCUAUAGCCAUUCUUCUGUUAUUUUAAGGUCAUCCAAAUAUUUUUUUUUUCUUAUUGAAUUUUCUGUUGAUUCCUAUUUUUCUAUGGUACGUGUGUGCGUGUAUGUAUGUAUGUAUGUG